AACAGCAACGUUCAGUGGCUCUCGCUCUGUCUACGUCGUGAUAUUUCGUUUCGUUUCGUUUCGUUACGUUUCGUGUUGUCGCCUGCCCUGCGCGACUUUUGAACCUUCUUCAAUCAGCGAUCCAGGGGGAAGAGAGUGUGAGAACGGAAGAGAACCAACUCCUACGCCUGCGCCGCUGUCUAUGUGUUGCUGAACUGAGCAAUUUCCAUCAUGGACACCGGAAGUGUGGUUAGCGAACCGAUUUCCGCGCAUCAUCGCGCCUUUGCCAAACAGAAAUCCGCCUCCAUGACCAUUUUGAAUCCGAAGGGUUGUGGCAGUGCUGCCAAGUAUAGUCUGCACACGGCAGUGGCAGCCGAGAACCAUGAUCCAGGCAAUGGGCACACGACCAGCCACAGCUCCACCACGGGAAGACGACGCAAGGGUGGAUCCCUGGGCGGAACGCUCUCAUCCCGCUCCACGCGCAGCGAGUCAAAGGAGCUGCGGUCGGCCCUGCAGGAUCGCGAGGCCGUCAUCCAGAAUCUGCGCAUUCAGCUGUGCCUGGGAAAGCUGCCGCGCCCCAGCGGCCCGCCGCUGGACGAUUCGGAGAAGCCAGCAGCCGAGCAAAAGUUGAACCGACUCAAGUCCGAGGCGGAAAACAAGCGCAUCAAGAUCAAGAACCUGAAGAGCGCCCUCGAGAAGCUAGACAUCACAGACAACAUUGACAUACGCAUCCGGCAGGCCGAGCUGGAAUAUGCCCUGGGCCGGGAGGAGCUGCAGAUGCUGUCCAUAGUGGAGGAGGCACGGGCACUGCAGGCCAGGCUGGAGAAGUCCAAGCCGGAGGCCCAGACCCUCUACAACAUCAUCAGCUCUGGGGUGUCGCUCAGCCUGCACGCGGUGCAUGCAACGUCCGGGCGAUGGGCAGCCCAGCAGCGGGCCGAUCAGCCGGGAUUCUACGUGGAGUGGGCCCUGGAGGGCGACGGACUGUACAAGGGCGAUCGCAUAUUGGAGAUCAACGGCCGCCUGGUGACCAGCAAGACCAAAGAGGAGCUGCAGAAGCAUGUGGGCAACUCCGGCAAGUGCCAGAUGGUGGUGAUGCGCAAGAAGUCCCUGCCCAUACCACAGAAGCAGCUCGACCAGGAGAAGGAAAACAACAUGCGACUGCAGCAUCGCAUCUCCUACCUGGAGGAGCAGGUGCGAGAGCUGCAGACAGUCAAGGAGCAGCAGCCCAAUCACCACCACCACCAGCAGCAGCAGCACCACCAGCAGCAGCAGCAACUGCAUCAGACACCCACCAGCCAGUCGCAGCAUGUGACGAGCAUCAGCAUCUCAUCACCCCCGUCGACGCCGCCCGAGAAGCCGCUCAUCUUCCAGCGGGGCAACUACAUCACCACCCUGGUGGGGGGCAAGCCAAUAGAACUGAUGGGCGACGAUAGCGCCCAGACGCCUGCGCAUGUGACCAAAACCCUGAUCAAGGAGAACACCCACAUCGACAUGCGCGAGCGACUGCCCCACAUGUACUCGAUGCCCUCCAAGUCGCUCUCCGCCUCGAAGAUCUCCAUCAACAGCGACUCCGCCUACAUGCAGCACCACAGGCGCGAGAAGGAGCGCCACCGCGAGCGGCGGCCACGCGAUCCCCUGCAACAGCAGCAGCAGCUCCACCGCGAGCAUCUGAUGAGCGCACAUGCCCGCAGCGUGGAGCACCUCAACCAGUACAAUGGACUGGAACGUCGACGGGACACGCCCCGACAGAGCGAGGCGCAGACCCUGCGCACCCGGCUACCCAGCGACAUGAGAAGCGUCAAGUCCCUGGACUUUGACAGCGAAAACGAAUCCAGACCAGCGACGGAGACCAACCGCACGGCGCGACCCACGCCGCCCAAGAAGCCACUGCGGCUGUCCCUGCAGCGGGCUCAGAGCCUGCAGACGGUGGAACUGCACCCUGGCCACGAUCUGGAGCGGAAGCGGCCCAUGAAACGGAUGCACCACAACAAUAACAACCACAACAAGAGCACAGCCUCGCCCACGGAUGAGGGCCAGACGAUGCUCAUCGAGAACUGCAGUCCCCUGCACACAGCCUCCCUGGGCAGGCACAAGCUCAUCUAAGGGGAAGGGAUGGAAACACAGGAACACCCCCUAAACAAUCAUAACCCCCAAACGACUGCCAGCAGAUGGCAGUUGACACCAACAGGCGGACAUGUGCAAAAUUAUAAUUAGAAUUAUAUUUACCUUUGGGCAGGCGGCAGGCAGUCUUCUCUCACGUGAAGGGGAGAGAUUCAUUUGUACUCGAACUCUGCAUUCUGCUGUACUUACAUUCUAUAUCGAUAAGUAGGGAGUAGUGAGAGAUCAUAU